UAUCCGGUCUUAGUAUUACAUGUCUUAAAAGCUCUUUUUCUGGUUCUUUUACCUAAAAGAGGUAGGAUAAAUGGGUUAUGUAGUUUCCCAACAGAAUUUUUUGGUUGGUGGUCAUGACCGAAUUCCGAAACAGGAUGGUCCUUGUUGUGGCAUUGGCCAUUCUUCAAAUGUAAAAAUGUCUGUCCUUCACAUAAAUUGCUUGAACAAGAAUAAUCAUAGUACUCAAUUUCCUUUACGGUGGAGAUUAGAUUUCAGUUCCAAAAGAAGCGCGCAUUUUUCGGGGUGUGUAAGUUUGCAGAGAAGUGUUAGCGUUAGUAGCUUAGAUGAAGUUGAACAAGAUGAGUGGACUUCUGAUAGUUAUGAGAUGGACGUUGAGAGAAAAAUUGGACAGGGAACAAGUAGUACAAGGAGGCCUCACGAGCCUUCAACGUUGAAUUUAGAAGGACGAUUUGUUGGGAACAACGAGAAAACCAACAAUGAUAUUCUUCGGCACUUUUGCACCCGCGGGAAAGUGAUGGAGGCAGCAAGGUUGGUUGAUGUUAUGGGACGCCGGGACCAGAUUCCGCACUUCCCUUCUUGCACAAACUUAAUCCGAGGCCUUAUCAAAAUUGAUAAGAUAGAUAAUGCUUCCAAGGUCUUGAGAGUCAUGGUUAUGUCUGGUGGGAUUCCGGACAUCAUCACAUACAACAUGAUGGUCAGUGCCCUCUGUAAGAGAGGGCAAUUAAAAUCUGCCAUUGAUCUCUUGGAAGAAAUGAGCUUGAGUGGUUGCCCUCCAGAUGUCAUUACUUAUAAUACAAUUAUAAGGUACAUGUUUGAUAAUGGGAAUUUUAAUCAGGCUGUUGGAUUUUGGAAGGACCAAUUGAGAAAGGGGUGUCCUCCUUAUCUCGUUACAUACACUAUUCUCAUCGACCUAGUCUGCAGGAACCUAGGUGUUGAGCGAGCCAUUGAAGUACUUGAAGAGAUGGCAGUUGAAGGUUGUUAUCCCGAUAUAAUUACCUACAAUUCUCUAGUCAACUUUACGUGUAAACAGGGAAAAUUUGAGGAUACAACUUUAGUUAUGCAUAAUCUUUUGUCUCACGGGAUGGAGCCCAAUGCUGUAACUUACAAUACUCUUCUCCACUCUCUUUGUAGCAAUGGUUGCUGGGAUGAAGUGGAUGAAAUCCUGAACAUGAUGAACAGAACGUUGCAGCCUGCGACGGUUAUUACUUACAACAUCUUGAUCAAUGGUUUGUGUAAAUUUGGGCUUUUGGAUCGAGCCAUUGACUUCUUCACUCAAAUGGUAUCCGAGAAUUGCUCACCAGACAUUGUCACUUAUAACACUCUCCUGGGCCCUGUUUGUAAAGAGGGAAUGGUGGAUGAGGCCCUCCAACUACUUGCUCUUUUGAGCGGCACCAGCUGUUCUCCUGGUUUGAUCACUUAUAACAUUGUGAUUGAUGGAUUUGCUAAAAUGGGUUAUAUGGAGAAAGCCGUGAGAUUGUAUAUUCAAAUGAUGGAACUUGGAAUCUCUCCUGACGAUAUUACCCAUCAGUCUUUGAUUUAUGGGUUCUGCAGAGCAGAUCUAUUUGAGGAAGCCGCAGAAAUGUUGAAGGAGAUGCGCAGGAGACGUCAAAAGGUCAGAAAUAGUACUUUUAGAUCAGUGAUCCAUGGGCUAUGCAAAAUUAACAAGGUGGAAAUUGCAAUACAAGUUCUGCAAAUGAUGAUAUCAAGUCGAUGCACACCUAACGAAUCAGUUUAUUUGACCAUCAUCAAAGGUAUAGCUGCUGCUGGUAUGUCAAAGGAGGCUUAUGAGCUGCGUCAAAAGUUGACUAGAUUGAAGGUUUUGGGAGAAGAGACCAAUCAUGUUGGAACGAACUGAGUUUCUAUGCAAAGUUUUUUUUUACUUUGUUUAAUUCUAGGCUUGUAGGAGAGUUGUUUCAUGCUUGAUGUUGUAUUAGAAAUCAAUUUUGCAGGUGAAAUUUUUUAUCCUUUAGGCAUGUUGAUAAGUAAGCAUUUCUGAGUCCCUGUUUGAGGCUGUCAUGCAUAUCUUGAAUACUUCGGGCUUUUACUUGUGGUCUCGUAUCUCUUUUUAUGAAAACCCGAUGGGUACUUGGGUAGAGACUUUUACUUAUAGCAAAAGUAAUUACUUGAAAGAGACUCUUAUUAGUUUUGUGAACUCAUUUACUAAUAUUUCAUAAGCAUUCUGUCACCUUGAAUGCAUCAAAAUAUGUUGCUCGUUUUGGAUAUCAUAACAAGCU